CAUCCCGGCGGAGGGUCUCAUUCAUGCUCCAGGGCAGCGGCUCACUCCCAGCCUGCUGGCCUCAGGAUCAGCUGUUUUGAUCCGGCCCGGCCUUGUGACAAAGGAAGACUUUCUACGCGCAGAUCCACUUUUAAAGACCAGCUCCCGUCCCGUCUGAUCUUCUCUGUCGGAGCAGAUGAUCCGCUGCGCUCCCACUCCUGCUCGAGAUGUGCGCUCGGACAAUGCUUGUAAUCUGUGGAGACAUAUAUUUACAUUCAUCUUUUGAGCCUUGAAUGAAAGAAAGUCCUUGAGGAUUUACACUGAGCCACAUUUAGAGUCACAUCACAGCUCCAGUCAUUCGGUUUUCCCCAAAAGCUCACCGAAAGCUUCUUUUGCGGCGCUUUUGGAGGAGCGCAGCGCUCCGAAGAGGACAUUCUGUUGGUUACCGAAGUGCUUCAGACUGUCCAGGUCCUCUUUUCGUCUCGCAACAAAACAUAUUAUUAUUUCAAAAAGUGCUCCAAACGACCAGGACAGGGCUUUAAAUGUUCGGGAUCCAGGAGCAGCUGAUACGAGACGUGAGCGGAUUAAAAGAGAGAACUCUUGGAGAGGAGAUGGAUCCAGUCCGGUCGUGGGUGCGUAAUGUUGGGGUUGUGGAUGCGAACGUUGCAGCGCAAAGUGGAGUGGCCCUGUCAAGAGCUCACUUUGAGAAGCAGCCGCCCUCCAAUCUCCGCAAGUCCAACUUCUUCCACUUUGUCCUGGCCCUCUAUGACAGACACGGCCAACCUGUGGAGGUGGAGAGGACGGCGUUUGUGGACUUUGUUGAGCAUGAGAAGGAGCAGACGGGAGAAAAGACAAAUAACGGCACCCACUACAAGCUACAGCUCCUCUACAGUAACGGCGUUCGUACGGAGCAAGAUCUCUACGCGCGGCUUAUUGACUCCGUCACCAAACAGCCCAUAUCAUACGAGGGACAGAACAAGAACCCAGAAAUGUGCCGAGUUCUGCUCACGCAUGAGGUUAUGUGCAGCCGCUGCUGCGAGAAGAAAAGUUGUGGCAAUCGAAACGAGACGCCCUCUGAUCCGGUCAUCAUUGACAGGUUUUUCUUGAAGUUUUUCCUGAAAUGCAAUCAGAAUUGUCUGAAGACAGCAGGAAACCCGAGGGACAUGAGGAGAUUCCAGGUGGUCUUGUCCAGUACGGUGAGCGUAGACGGACACGUCCUGGCCGUGUCUGACAACAUGUUCGUCCACAACAACUCCAAACACGGCCGGAGAGCUCGCAGACUGGAGCCGGGAGAGUCUGUGGAGAAUAGCAUGGAAUACGCUACCCCAUGCAUCAAAGCCAUCAGCCCCAGUGAAGGCUGGACCACUGGCGGGGCCAUGGUCAUAGUCAUCGGGGAGAACUUCUUCGACGGGCUGCAGGUGGUGUUUGGAAGCAUGCUAGUCUGGAGUGAGCUGAUCACUCCACACGCCAUCCGUGUACAGACGCCUCCUCGACACAUCCCCGGGGUUGUGGAGGUCACGCUGUCGUAUAAAUCAAAGCAGUUCUGCAAGGGAGCGCCUGGACGCUUCAUCUACACUGCCCUCAAUGAGCCAACCAUAGACUACGGCUUUCAGCGACUUCAGAAAAUAAUUCCUCGGCAUCCAGGAGACCCAGAGAAACUAGCCAAGGAGAUUCUCCUAAAAAGAGCAGCAGAUCUUGUUGAGGCUCUGUAUGGAAAUCCACACAGUAAUCAGGACAUGCUGCUGAAACGUGCAGCUGACAUAGCCGAGGCACUCUACAGCGUUCCCCGUCCUCACAGUCAGCUGCAGGCGCUGCCCAGCUCACCAGCACAUGGGAGCGUUAUGGGUCUGGGCUCCUAUCCAUCCCAGUUAGGGGUCAGCAUUGGAGAUCCAGGACAGAGCAGUCAAGGUUAUAUCCGUAACUCCAGCAGCCUGUCUCCGAGGGGUUACCCCUCAGCUUCCACUCCCCAGCAGUCGAGCUACGGAGGCAGCGGGGGAAUGACUGGAGGCUACGGGACAGUUCCCAUGACAAGUCUUGGAGUUCCUGGAUCCCCCGGAUUCAGCAGCGCCUCCCCCACAAGCUCUCCCUACAUAAUGCCAGCGAGCCCCACAAUACCAGGAAGCUCCAGCUCCUCGUCAUCUCUCUUGCCUUUCUCCUCUUUCCCUUCCGCUGCUAAACAGAAGAGUGCUUUUGCUCCCGUCCUCAGGCCCCAAGGUUCUCCUUCCCCCGCCUGCCCCGCCUCGGGGGGGAACAGCUUCAGAGGUAGUCAUCCAACUCACUAUCUGACCCCGCUGUCUGAACUCACCAAUGCAGUCUAACCCUAUACUAACCAACGCAAACGCUAUGACUGAACGCGACAUGGGUGAUGUACAGUGAUGAAACGCCUGACUGAUUUAGAAUCAUAGAUUUUGUAUAUUUUUUUCUCUCCAGCGAUGACGGGCCUGGUUGUCCCCCCGAUGUAGCAAAGCACCUGCCCCCAAUCUGCCCCAGACCACUACUUCACUUACCUCCCCUUUUUUUUGGCACUGAGCAGGGAGACUGAAAAAGCUUAUCCGUACUAAGCAUAACUUUUCCUCCCUGAUUCCACCCGCUGUCUCCCCGAGCCCCGCUUUUUUUCCCCCCGACCAGUCAGAGAAACGGGGCGGGGAAUGAAAAUGUCCAAAGACCAGCAAUCUUCUCUAGAUGCACAGGAAAAGCACUACAGCCUCAGCUACAAACAGCAAGACUGCACAGUUUACUGUUGUUAUGCGUGUCUGUUGGGAGAACCUCCCUUUUAAUUUCCCCCUGAAGCUUCAAAGCAGAUCUUUCCCGACUUCUGAUCCACCGCCACACACUCUAUCCAGUUUUUUGCUACGCCUGCAAAACACCUGCAGGACGCACUGUGGGAUCGCUGAGCAUCGACGGACGACGGGCAGCUCAGAUAGGAAGCUGCAGCUCUAAAACGCGGGGUGCGGACUUUGUGCGUGUACAGACACCCCGAAAGGCAUGUGUGUGCACCGUCUGUGAGCUAGCGAGAGGUCGUUUUGUAGUAGACUUUUUAAAGACAACUUACAUUCCAGAAUAGUAGAACCUUUAUAUUUUGUUUUGACUGUUUCGUUCGAGGGAGAAAUCUUUGUCUCAUGGGUUAUUACUAAAAUGAAUUCAUAUAUUGAUUUAUUUAAGAACAAGCAAUUUAACUUAUUAAAGUUAGUUUAGGGAAUAAUAUAAACGUGUUUUUAUAAACUGGUUCUCUUUCCAACUGCUGAUGAAAUUAAGCAAGCUCGCCAAUUGCCAAUUACUUUGAUAAAUGACACUCUGUAAUGGAUUUUUUUAGUGAAGUUUUUUUUUUUUAAUUAAACUUUCCUACUUUUCAGGUUCUUGUGAAAGCAAUUAUGUGUUUGGCCGCAGUUAAAGGUUAUUGUCCUUGUGUAAAAGGAAAUAUUAGUUAGCUGUAUCCUUUUUCUUUUAUUUCCACUUACAAUGCAUGCUUUAGUUCACCCGUGCUCUGGUACUUUUUCACCCCGAAUUGUUUGUGAACUUUCAUUUCCAAUGUCUAGUCACUAUGCAGUAUAGGAAGCAAAAGCACAACAGCUCACACAAAAAGAAAAAAAGGUGCAUCGGGUGGUCUUUUAUUAAUGUCAUCACGUUCCUACAGCUACAGUUCCUUGUAGAGGUAUUCAGUCAUUUUGUCAGUUUGCAGCACAGGACUUCAAAGUAUUUUGUUGGGAUUUUAAGUGAUGGACCAACACAAAGUGGUGUCUCAUUGUGAAAAGAACAAAAAAGGGUUUAUGAUUUUCUACAUUUUACACUAAUAAAAUCAUAAAAACGGUGAUGUGCAUUCGGAGUAUGCUUCUACUAGCCUUGUUUGUCUACUUACUAAAAGUUUUGCUCAUAGCCCAGGAUCAGUGAUACUGGAAAGAAAAGGUCGGUGAACAUGCGUCAUUUGCUCUUGCUGUGGGUUAUCAAACUGGGCUUUGACUGGGCCACUUGAGCACAUACAUUUAAACAUCACAAUUUAAACUAAAUCAUUUCUUCUCAGGUUUGGUUGUAUGUUUAGAGUUGUUGUCCUGGUUGAAUGUGAACCUUUUACCUCCCGUCUCAAUUAGGGUGACCAGAUCUCUAAAGAAAAAAAAAAGAAUGUGGGACAACAAGGAUGCAUAUGAGGGACAAUGUGAGACAGUAUGAUGACAUCAUAAAUUUAAGUCUAACACAGAUCUCGCAUUACAUUAAACAGUUUUGUUAGGCUUCAGAAAGGUUUCACUUUGAGAAGGUUGAAUAAAGUUUUUAAAAGUUUAUCGGAAAAACCUUUGUUUAAAGUUGAGCGGUUUUUAAGGUAAUCUUGACUGCCGUUACCUUGUCUGUCUUGCAGCCAUCUUUGGGUUUUAGUACAAAAUGACUCCAUAGAUCGGUUUGUUUCUUCUACGGUCUCGCUUAACAUCACGCUCCCCUCUGUGUGAAAUAAAAAAAAAAUAUUUUGGCAAACUUCACAAAAAGCUUGCUAAGAAUCACCCUUCACUGGCCUCACCCAGUUAUAAACUGUUCCCCAGUCUUUGUUGCAGUUGAACUUUCUUUUCUUUGACAUAGUUUCCAUUAUUUUCUGAAUGCUACAUCAACGUCCUUUUCUUGCUCUGUGUUAUUUUACCAGCACUGGGGCACAGGUUGAUCAUGACGUGAGACGCUGUUUGGUAGUUUGAUUGACAGCCGACGCAGCUCUGUUACGAUGACUGCAGCUCUGCCUUCUUUACACUUCAGGAAAGGGCCUAGUCUAAAUUUCUUUUCUUUACUUUUCAGAAUUCACACACAGGACACUGUUUCAAUUUGUAGGACAGGAGUGAAAAAUGCAGCGCAGUCUCACACAAAAUGGGACAUCUGGUCACCUUAAUGUCAAGUCUUUUUGAAGCCUCUGACAGGUUUUCUUCUGGUGUGGCCCUGCUUUCACCUCCAUUCAUCUUCCCAUCAUCUCUGACCAGUCUGCUUGUCCUUUCUGAACAAAAACGUCCCUCCAAAAUGAUGCUGCCACCACCAUGUUUCCCUAUGAAGAUGGUAUCUUCAGAGUGAUUUCUAUUGUUAGUUUUCCCUCAAACAUAGUUUUGCAUGCUGAUAAAAAAAAAAGUCAACAUUUGACCUCAACUUGCAAGGUUAACUUCUAUCACAUGUGCCUCCUACAUGGCAUAUGGUGCUUUUUUAAUUUUAAUUUGUUUUUGCAAUACUUUGUUGCCCAUAAAGGCCAGGUUCUCCCUCUUGGGCUGUAGAUCUCUGGUACUGCUUCAGAGAUGCCAUGGGGCCUCUUGGCUGCUUCUGAUCACUGCUCUCUUUUUCCAGGUCAUAGGUUUAGCUGGGUGGCCAAAUCUUGGUAGGUCUGCAACUGUACUAUACUCUUUCCACUCUCAGGUGAUGGGCUGAACAGGGCUCUGUGUGAUGUUCAAAGACUGAAAUAUUGUUUUGUGUUGGUCUUUCUCAUAGAAAUUCCACCAAAAAAGAACACAUUUUGGUGUUGUAACAUUGGAAAAUGACACAAAAUCCAAGGUAUGAAUAUUUUUGAAGGCACAGUAUUAGUCAUCACAACACAAAAUGCAUUCUCAGGAUGUGCACACAAAAAGGGUAGCUGACAUUUGCAAAUUUGUUUCUAGAGUUCAGUUAAUCUUAUUUAUUUAAAACAUGUUAGCAAUUUAUAAUUAUGUUUUUUUUAAGCCAUCUUUCUUUGAAGUGAUGCAAGAAAUGUUGCAAAUGUGAUUUGUAAAUUUUAAGGUGUAAUUAUAUUUUGUGCUCCAAAUAAAACAAGUAAAAGAAAAA